GGAGCGGCGCGGCGCCGUUGCCCCGCCCCUCCGGCGCGCGCCGGCGUCGGCUGCGUCUCCGGGCAUUUGAAUUGCGCUUCCGCCAUCUUUCCAGCUCUCAGUCAGACGGCCCGAGAGACGCUUCUGGAAGUCGCAUCGCCAUGGCCGCCCAAGGAGAACCGCAAGUGCAGUUCAAACUUGUGUUGGUUGGCGACGGGGGGACUGGGAAAACCACGUUCGUGAAACGCCAUCUGACGGGUGAAUUCGAGAAGAAGUAUGUAGCCACCCUGGGCGUGGAGGUCCACCCGCUGGUGUUCCACACCAACCGAGGGCCCAUCAAGUUCAACGUGUGGGACACGGCGGGCCAGGAGAAGUUCGGCGGGCUGCGGGACGGCUACUACAUCCAAGCCCAGUGUGCCAUUAUAAUGUUUGACGUCACUUCGAGAGUCACUUACAAGAACGUGCCUAACUGGCACAGAGAUCUGGUACGAGUGUGCGAGAACAUCCCCAUCGUGCUGUGUGGCAAUAAAGUGGAUAUUAAAGACAGGAAAGUCAAGGCAAAGUCUAUUGUCUUCCACCGAAAGAAGAACCUUCAGUACUACGACAUUUCUGCCAAAAGCAACUACAACUUCGAAAAGCCCUUCCUCUGGCUUGCUAGAAAACUGAUCGGAGACCCUAACUUAGAGUUUGUCGCCAUGCCCGCCCUCGCCCCACCGGAGGUCGUCAUGGACCCGGCAUUGGCAGCACAGUACGAGCACGACCUCGAGGUUGCCCAGACCACGGCUCUCCCGGAUGAGGACGACGAUCUGUGAGCGAGGGAGCUGGAGCCCAGCGUCAGAAGUCUAGUUUUAUAGGCAGCUGUCCUGUGAUGUCAGUGGUGCAGCGUGUUUGCCACUUUAUUAUAUAGCUAAGCAGAACCUGUGCUUGAUCUUUGGGAUGCUGAGAGAGAUGAAUGGGCUUCGGAAUGAAUGUGGCGGUUUAAAAAUACCUUCAUUUGUUGGACCUGCAUACUUAGCUGUUUUGAAACGCAGUUGUUUCUUUAUUGAGUUUCAACUCUAAGACUGCUGCAGCCGCAUCACAAUAUUCAGUGGUGAAACUUUGUUUGUUAACUGUCAUUCCCAUUCCUUUUCGUUUAGAACCAGAAUAAAGUUGUAUUUCAAAUAUCUAAGCAAGCGAACUCCUCCCUUGUUUAAUAGGCAUUCCGAGACCACCGGCAAGGACAACCGCGCUGUUGCUGUUAGAGCGCCUUUACUGUCGUCACUUCGCUUGGAGUCUGUUCCAUUCCGUUCUCUCUGUCCUGAGUUUGUGUACGUUUGAAUCAUUUCACACAGAUGAAAUGACAGGUCAAUAGUGUUUUAUGUGGUAAGUUAAGAGGCAUAAAUGUUGUCAGUGCGGUUACGCUGAAGUACACAUCCCCACCUGCUUCCUGGCUGGGUCGUGUCCCGCACGAGGAGCCUGCUCGGGACUAGGAUCCGCCAGAGCAGAAGCGGUGCGCGUUUUAGACAUUCCAGGUAGACUUUCUAGGAACUGUAGUUGCUUUUAUUUUAUGGCUGAAGUGACCAUCUGCCAGUGCAGAGCUUUGGGAGCCAGAUGAAGCCAUACAAGUGAUAGCAGGAGCUUCGGAACGUCUGAUUGGCUAACAGUGAACACAGCCGAUACACUCACUUGCCUUUUGUUUCGACGUUAGGUGUUAAAUAUAUUUACGCACUGCUAUUAGCACUUCCCGGCUUCAGAGACGCCAAAAAGCAAGGGCUCGGUGGAGAGCACUGCAGCGUUAGUGGUGUUUUCCUGAGCGGUGUUCGUGAGCGCUGCGAGGGCACAGACGAGUGGCCGGGAGACUGGAAACGUGGGGUCACUCGCGACUCUUCCGUGCCGCCUCCACGGUCGGCCUGGCCUGAGUCUGAUCUCAGCGACACUGGACUGUAGAAUCCAGGUGUCCAGGGUGUGAGCUAUUUUGCUCAUGUAAGUGUCGCUACGUUUAGGUUUACCAAAGUGACUCAACUGUCCGAUUUUCCUUAACUGAUUGCUUUCUUACCAGAAAUGAAGGUAGGAAAGGAUCACUCAAAUACACGGAAAAGAAAGGUGCAAAGGGUAGAACUGAUUAAAUUUUAAUUACUAUUGAAUUCGAACAUCAGUAGAUUAUCUUAAGGUUUGAAUCGCUGUAUAUGCUGUGCUUGAUCCAAUUCAGAACCAGAUGUUAACAGCCUGAGAUGUGACGUUUCUUCCCCAAAGGGGGUGAAACCUCCGAUAACGAUGUAAGGGUGUGUGUAGAAUGCAAGUGUAACGUACCUUGACUCUCAAAUGUAACCCUUAAAUUUUGGAAGCUGCUUGUUUAAUGGGGUGGGAAAUGAUUUAAAAGUCAUUGGAAAAAAUACUGCUGCAAAAUACAUUGCUUAUACUUUG